CACCAUCUGAUAGCGCAGGUAGCGGCUGACAGCAUACUUCUUAGCUCCAGCCUCCUCCGUGUCGUACUUCUUUUGGAGCGCAUCCCAGACCAUCAUUGCGGUGUUCUUGCUAUCCGCAUAGUAGUCGUAGAGGUCGUCUGCCAGGCCGUUGAGGAUGUAGCCCUUGCAUAGGAAGUCAUGCUCCCUUUCCUUAGCAGCAGCAGUCCUCUCCUCAUCGGUCGCUUCUUCCGGCAGCUCGACGGGCAUGCUGG